CCUUUAGUUUGCCAGCCUAGAUGUGAAGGACCGUCCGCACUUCCUUCAAGAGGAAACUCGCUCUGACGUAGAGAAACCGGAGCGGUGCGGUAAUUCUGCUGUUUUAGUGAAACUGUGCGUUCUCUCACAUUCCUGUCAUACCGAAAUAACCGCGUUUGGUGACUUUAGGACGAACAGAAUAAACACAGCCACGGUGAGCGACAGACGAAAGGGUAAUAAGCGGUGUGUAACCUGGUUUUAGGCAUGGCUGAUCUGCUGAGGCUGCUGCUCCGGGUGGCAGAGAAAGCGGCUAACGUUGCUCGUGUCUGCAGGCAGGAGGCUCCCCUCUUCCAGCUCCUCGUACAAGAGAAGACCGGAGAUGACAAGAACAAGAAGUUCGUCCAGGACUUCAAGACGCUGGCUGACGUGGUGAUCCAGGAGAUGAUCCGGCAUGAUGUUGGUGUUAAGUUCCCUGAGAUGGCAGACUUCAUCAAUGGAGAGGAGUCCAACAAGUUUGAAAAUGGGCUAGGAGAGAGUGUGACGGUGACAGUGUGCGCUACAGAGGAGGACACCGCGGCUCUGCUGGCCUCCGUGCUGGACGGCGACCACACCGCGGCCUCUCUGCUGGCCCGGGCCAUCCACCAGGACCCGGCGAGCAUCCAGGCCGACACCGACGGUCUGACGGUCCCCCUCAGCCCCUCAGAGCUCGGCAUCUGGAUCGACCCCAUAGAUGCCACCAGCCAGUACAUAGAGGGCAGAGAGGAGGUGCUGGAGGAGGGCCGCCUGUUUCCCUCAGGUCUGCACUGUGCCUUGGUCCUGAUCGGGGUUUAUCUCCGCAGCACAGGCGAGCCCGUCAUGGGCGUCAUCAACCAGCCGUUCAACUACAAAGACCCAGCAGGUGGAGGCUGGAAGGGGAAGCAUUUCUGGGGGGUGUCCUGCGGCAGCAUCAAUGUCUGCUCAGAGACCCGGCCUAAAGCAGGACCUGCGGGGGGGCUGUCUGCGGUGCUGAGCUCCAGUGAGAAGCCGGUGGUAAAGGAAGCCCUGACCUCACUGUGCGGCCCGGACAAGCUGAUGUUCGCUUCUGGAGCCGGAUACAAGAUCCUGUGUGUCAUCCAGGGCCUGGCUGACGUCUACGUCCUGUCGGAGGGGAGCACCUUCAAGUGGGACUCCUGCGCCCCUCACGCUCUGCUCCGGGCCCUCGGAGGGGGGGUGGUGGACCUCCACAAGUGUCUGCAGUCCAGCUCAGGAGCAGAGGCAGAACUGACCUACCACCAGCCCCGCACUGAGUGCAAAGGAGCGGACCGCUGGGCCAACCAUGGCGGCCUGGUGGCGUACAGAGACUGUUCCCAGAUCAGCCGCAUCAUCGCCCCUCUGAAAGGCAAGCUGUAGCUGAACCAGCCAGGAUGUAACCAACACAAGCUGAAGCAGCUGUUGUUGCAUAUAUGAUCAUAUUCUUAUUUUCUGUAUACGUAGAAAGAGAAGGAUAAGGGUGCAGGAGGAAAUAUUUUAAACACAUAUUAUAUUGUCUUGUUUUAAAUGAGAUAUAUUUGCAAUAGAGCUGCAAGUAUUUUCUUACGAUUAAUCUGCCAGUUAUUUUCUAGAUUAAUCAUUCGGUCUAUAACGUGUCAAAAAAAAUCUACAUCCCAGUUUCUUUAAUGUCUUGUUCCGUCAGUCCAAAUCCCAAAGAUAUACAGUUUAAUGUAAUAUAAAACAGUUAGGAAAAUAUAUCACUAUAUUCGAGAGGCUAAAAUGGCUUUUCUGACAUUUUUGCAUGAAAAAUUACUAUAAAAACUAAUCGUUGCAGGUCUAGUUUUCAAGUGUUUCCAUAACAAGAUAAACAUCUGGUCUGGGCCAAAUAUGUUUUGGUUGUGGAAAUUCAAUGGGAAAACCCAUGCUAAUCAAUCAAAACCAAUAUCAUUUAAAGAUUCCUGUCUGGCUCUUUAGAUUUUGUCAAUUUGUCAAGGAAACCUUGUGUCUUUUUGAUAAAAAAGAAAAAGUGGAGGUCAAAUGGGGGACUGACAGAAAAAGAUUUUCAUCAUGACAGAUGAGUAGGACUUGUUAUGUGGGCCAAUGUGACAGACAGUUCAGACAAUCACAAGACUCUUUCAGGCAGUUUCACUUCUACCAUUAACCGGCUGUAGCUCUGUGACAAUCCAACAUGUCAGCUUCCUCAUGGCAGCUACAACACUGUAAGCCUUUUUGUGCAUCUAGUUUAGCUCAGACCUUGUUGAGCAUUUAUUAUAAUUAUGUAAGCUGUGUAAAAGUAUAUAUACAUUUGCUUAAAGACAGGUAAUCAUGCUAAAGUUAACAGAAGGAACAGUGCUCACUGCUGGACAGCUGAGGAACACUUCACUGCCAGAGGAACGGACAUCACAAGAUGCCUCCGACUCGUCUGAGGGAAUUAUCUUGGAUUCAAAGGAGUUUAAAUUGCAGUUAUAAUAGUCCUAUCACGUUUUUUUUCCAGCCCAUCUAGUCUUAAGGGUUAUAAUAAGUCAAGAGAAUCAAAUUGCCCCAUUCACAGUAAUCUGCACCUCUCUGAAACAACUCCUUUUAAGGAGCAGACGGCAACCUGCCCUCUCUCCAUGGCCAUAGCACCAUGAGUCAAUAAGGUCAGAGGAUGGAAAUUCCAUAUGAGGUAAAACAGUGACAAAGAGUGCUUUUCGGGUAGGGAUUACAGUCAAUUAAAUAUUAAAGGAUGAGAGGUUUAUAAAGUUAUCUUAAAGGUCCCAUGUCAUGGCCAUUUCUACUGAUCAUAAUUCCAUUGUUGAGGUCUACUAGAAUAGAUUUAUAUUGUGCAAUUUUCCAAAAUCACAUUGGUUUCAUACAGCAUCUCUGUAUAGUAUGUGUAUUCACUCUCUGUCCUAAACGGCUUG